AUGCACAAAAGAUUCAGGCAAGCUUUUUGUGCUGUAAAGGAGCACAGCUCUGUAAGUUAUGCCAAAAUCGCUACAGUUGGAGGGUUUUGUGAUAUUGAUCUCAUAAUUGUCAAAGCAACUACUCCUGAUGACUUGCCAUUGUCUGAAAAAUACAUACACGAGCUCUUGAAGAUAUUUUCCAUCUCUCCCUCGUCAUUUCACUCCUUUUCUCUGAGCUUCACUCGCCGUUUUGGCAAAACUCGAUCCUGGAAAGUUGCUCUCAAAUGCCUCAUUCUGCUCCACCGUUUGCUCAGGUCAUUGCCUGAAAAUAGCCCUGUUCGAGCAGAACUAUUAUGGACUAGAUCCAAUUGUUUGCUCUCUCUCUAUCCAUGUCAUUUCCAAGAUGAUUCAUCUUCAAAUUCUGAACAUUACACCACUUUUAUUAGGUCCUUCGCCCAAUUUCUCGACCAAACAAUUGAUUGCUUUUCCAUGGAAAACAAAGCAACGGAAGAAGAAGUAAUGCAUGAGAGCUUGCACCAUAAAAUAAGACAAGUAAGCAGAAAGCUUGAACUUUUGCCACAACUUCAAAUCCUAAUAGACCGAGUCAUGGAUUGUAUUCCAACUGGGGUGGCUGCUAGAAGCUUGAUUGUCCAAUUGGCAAUGAAACAUAUCAUUCGUGAUAGUUUCAUUUGUUACACAACUUUUCGAAGAGAAAUUGUUUUGGUUUUGGAUAAUUUGCUUGAAAUGCCAUACAGGAGUUGUGUUUCGGCUUUCGGGAUUUACAAGAAAGCUGCUAUGCAAGCGAGUCAGCUUUGCGAGUUUUAUGAUUGGUCUAAGGCUAAAGGGUUCUGUGGCUCAUAUGAGUACCCUUUUAUAGACAGAAUUCCACAGAUACAUAUUCAGGCUCUCGAGACUUUCCUCAAAGGGAUGUGGCAGCUAACUGAUCAGUCAUCAUUAUCUACUACAUCACCAUCCUCAUGGGUUGAGUUUAAAUCAACUUCAACAGAAGACGAUGAUCAAGAUGAGCAAGUUUUUAAAAGAAAUACUUCAAUAAAGAUUAGUUCUCAAUUGGAGAAAUCUGUAGAGAAUGGCUUUGCGAGAAACUUUGAGCUGGGAAAAGAAGAGAUGGCACCUCUAAUUCAGUUAGAAGAUGGGGAAGAUGAUAACUGGGAGGCCUUGUUAGAAGCUUCACUUGAUACUAAUUCAAAUGACCAGCGAAUGAACUUUCUGAUUUACCCUAGUAGCUUGAGCAAUGGCUCUGGCAAUGGACAUGGGUAUGAGAAUCAGCUUAUUUGUUUGGAUGAUCACACAAAAAGAGAGGAGCAUGAUCAAUGGCAACUGCAAGUGUACAAUCCAAAUCCUUUUUGUCAGCCUUAUAGUUACUUUCCCAAUUCCAAUGGAUCAGAGCAGGUAAUCUGGUAUUUCCAUGGGGAUUUUAAUGCUAGCUAG